AGCUUCAUGAUGCAUCACGUCAGCAACUUAGAAUGGAGUUUUAAACCUUGGACUGGUGGACAUACCUUGGCAUGCAGAAGCUUGUGUUCCGGCUUCCAGGAGUGAGCACUUUUCUCAAGAUAAAGUACUGACAGCAGGACUUUUUUUUAACAGAUUCAGAAUGCCGAGAGAACAGGAGCCUUUUGGAGAACGUGCUGCCCAUAGUGCUUCUAAGAAUGCCAAGGAUAGGAGUAACAGUGCCACCUUGCGAGCAUCUCAAGGUGGCACCCACAGGGAGCAAUCUGGUGUACGUGACAUGAGCACCCGCAUGCUGCACUGUGACUCAGAGAAGGACUCAGAAAAAGACUCAGGGUACUCAGAGGCUGGCUCCGACUCUGUGCACACUGACAUAGCCGACCAAUGCAGCAGCGUGAGCAAAACUCACAGGGAAAGCAGAAAAGGCUUGAACAACAGCAAUGCAAAUGCUGCAGGCCUUGACGUGACUUCUUACGAGGAGCUCCCCCCAAUUUACCUGGUGGUCAAGCCGUCUAGACCAGGACAGCUUCUGCAUGCCCCUCUGGCAUGGGGUGGAGGUUGGCACAGCCUUGCCAGUGGCAAAACACCCACUCAGCUGUUACUGAUCCAACAGCCCUCCUCCUCUGCUGCCACACCUUCUACCUGUCUACCGCUACCACAAGGUCAAGUUAGAGAAGGAAGCAGCCGCAGCUACCAGAAUCACAGCAAGAACUCAUAUCUGCCCAUCCUGAAUUCUUACCCUCGUAUUGCUCCUCACCCAAGGAAGGAGAUCCAUGAAGGCAAAGGUACCAGAGUAGAUGGAGUUAAAGAGCUUGGCAGCGAAGGCCAGAGCCAGAGCAAAAGAGUGUGUACUGAGGAAGAAAAGAGGGAGGCUGUAUCUGCCACCAUUCACCUUCCACAGCAGCAGCAGAAAGAUGACAGAGUCCAUUCCCAGCAUAAAGUCAGAGGAGGGCACAGUUCCAUCCUCAGCUCAUCUCACUGCCUGCUGCCUUGCCAUACAUCCUCUAAAAUCCAUCACAAGUCCCACCACUGCCAAAGAAACUCCAGCUCUGAAAGUGUGGGCUCACCGUCCAUCUCCAGCUCCCACAUACGCUCGCCACCUUCUUCCUCUUCUCCCUCAUCCUCUUUUCCUUCUUCUUCAUCUCCCUCUUCUUCAACAGCUCACAGUCCAUAUCGCGUAGCUCCGGACAGCUCCUCCACACGCCAGCGCCGUUUCCUCAACACAGCAGAGAUCCUCAACCAGUCGGGCCUGCUGGCUAUUACGCUACGCGCCAAGGAGCUGCUGAAGCAGAAUGCUUCUGUAGAGAGAGAAAUCACCCAGCUAUGUCAGCACACACAUCUCCUAUCUCAGGCCAGUCAAAACAGUGGCCUUGACAGCCUUGAAAAACUCUUCCAAAUGAUGAGCGAAUCAGGCGCCUACCCCAACUUAGACUUUCAUCACCUGAAAAUGCUCAGCAGCCACCAGCAGAGCAAAACUACAAGACUACAGGACCACAAAGGGGACAACAACACAGAAACCACUGAAAUGUGUAGUAGCCUAUCACAGGUGGUGUUUGUACGCAACAUAAAUGAUGGAGCAUCACCACCCUCUCCGCUGUUUGCCCCUUCACCGGGCACAGAAGAAGCAGAGCAUGCUUACGGCUCUCUGGAGCCCAUGUCCCUGCCUCCUUCUGUUCCUAAACAAGGACACAGCCAGUCAGUCAUGGAAAAGGACUUAAAUGAUCUUACUGUGUUUCCAGAGAGUUCAACACACAGUAACUAUCUGCUCUAGAAUCUUGGGGAAUAUUCUUAUAGAACAUUGUGCAACAGGAAAGCACACGUUUGUUUGAAUUGAAACCUAAUGAAAGGGUCGUUUUGGCUGACACAGACAUGAUUUAAUGAUGAACAUGAUGUAGACGUUUCCCUACAUUUUGUCAGGGGUUUGCUAAAUCCAGGUGAUACGUUCAGUCAGGCAACUGAAACAUGUUUACAAAUGAACAGAAGCUCAGGUCUCCUGUGGAGAUUUCCAACAAAGAUCACUUCACACCAGAGGUGAUGUGCUUUUAUUUCAGUAGUUUACAAAUGCCUUAGCUCAGGUUUUUAAUAAAAAGCUUCAGUGUGCAGUGAUACAAAAAGUGUGAGUCUCUAAUUUAUCCCAUCAAACGCAAAAUGCUCCAGUGAAAUUUCCUUACAUAUUAUAUGCUUCUUGGUAUUACUGUUGUAACUGCAUUUUAAAUACAUAUAGAUAUUUAUAGUUGUAAAUAGCAAAAACCAUUAACAGUCAUCACCUUGAAUGAAUGUAGGUUUAUUAUGAAACUAAGGUCUUAGCAUUUUUUACUCGUUCUGUUCUGCAGAGCUUCCAAUAAUUUUCCAAUCCUGACUUCUUCAUACAUCACACAUUUUUUCUAUUGCAUAUUCUUCAUGACGUCUCAGUUUUAAAGUCGUCAUCACAGUCUGUGCUAUCUGACUUAGGUGUUCAUGUGUUUCUGUGUAUAAGACUCAGGGACUGAGAUUUUUAUUUGUUUUUAUUUAGGCAAAAGGAUUGUGAUACACUAUAAAAUGUAUAAAAUACAGCAAAUGGAGCACUCCAAUAAUUCUGGGAACCUAACCUGCUCGCUGGCCGGUUUUCUUCAGCUCAGAGUUUCUCUCUGACUCCUCCCCUCCUGCUGUACCUGAACCACCUGACAUUCUGAUUCAUUUCCUCAUUCAUAAUGUUGCUGUCAAAGUGAUAAGAGGAGCAAAUUAAUUUGCAGUUGUUUACAUUUUCAUAAGCACUGAAAUUCUAGUUGGAUGCUACUUUGUUUUUGUACGUGAGUGCUUUUACAGUCAUUCACUUGUCAGUAGGCUGUAUGAGGACAGCAGCAGCGAUUACAUCACAGAUUUAUGAUCAGCUCAGAAUAAAAUCUGUAGUCUUGGUCUUUCUAACUCUGUGACUUUGUGCACAGUAAUGCUGCUGUCAGACUGUCAGUCAGUUCUGAGGAACCAACAGUUGAUUUAAACAGUGUAACAAUCAAACUUAUCUGUAGGUGCAUAACACACCGAUCAAUGAUCAGUUACUUGUGUUGUAAAAGGUCAUAUUGAUGGGAAAAUGUCUGGGUAUCGCAGAUUAUGUGAAUAUUUGAGUGAAGAUGAAGCUGAAAUUAUUUAAAAACUCAAAAAUUUAACUAAAUGUAUUCAGAUACAUGUGAAAAUGAACCCCAGGAAUGUUAAUUAAAGCUGUUUAUAAAUUAUAAUGUUUAUAAACUGUAUAAAUCUUGAUAAAUGUUCCACUGAAAAUCAUGUAAAUCAGUGGGAAUACCCAGAACUGGAUCCACCCGAAGGAAUCAUAAGCUCUGCGACAGAUCAGCGAACUGUGUCUGAGUCCAGAGAGAUCUGAAACGGAUCAGGAUCACAGAAUCAGACCAGACCAGGCCCACAUCCAGCUCAGGCUCCAGUCAUU